AGCAUACGUGCGAGAAGCCAGGUCCGGUACCGCGACGAUGGCCGCUCAACGAGUAUUCCCACUUUCCUGUGUGGUGCAGCAGUAUGCCUGGGGGAAGAUGGGUUCCAACAGUGAAGUGGCUCGGCUGCUGUCCAGCAGUGACCCACUGGCCCAGAUCUCAGAGGACAAGCCAUAUGCAGAGCUGUGGAUGGGGACCCAUCCCCGGGGAGAUGCCAAGAUCCUUGACAACCGCAUCUCGCAGAAGACCCUAGGCCAGUGGAUUGCUGACAACCAGGACAGCUUGGGAUCAGAGGUCAAGGACACCUUUAAUGGCAAGCUGCCCUUCCUCUUCAAAGUGCUCUCAGUUGAAACGGCUCUGUCCAUCCAGGCACACCCUAACAAGGAACUGGCCGAGAAGCUGCACCUCCAGGCUCCACAGCACUACCCUGAUGCCAACCAUAAGCCAGAGAUGGCCAUUGCUCUCACCUCCUUCCAAGGCUUAUGUGGCUUCCGGCCAGUGGAGGAGAUUGUGACCUUUCUGACAAAAGUGCCUGAGUUCCAGUUUCUGAUUGGAGAUAACGCAGCAGCACAGCUGAAGCAGAGCAUGAGCCGUGACUCCCAGGCCAUGGCCUCUGCUCUGCAGAGCUGUUUCUCGCACCUGAUGAAGAGUGAGAAGGUGGUGGUAGUGGAACAGCUCAACCUGUUGGUGAAGCGUAUCUCUCAGCAAGUGGCUGCUGGAAACAAUAUGGAGGACAUCUAUGGGGAGCUCUUGCUGCAGCUGCACCAGCAGUAUCCAGGUGAUAUUGGAUGCUUUGCCAUCUACUUUCUGAACCUGCUUACCCUGAAGCCGGGGGAGGCCAUGUUUCUGGAGGCCAACGUGCCCCAUGCCUACCUGAAAGGAGACUGCGUGGAGUGCAUGGCGUGUUCAGACAACACAGUGCGUGCUGGCUUAACUCCCAAGUUCAUCGAUGUGCCAACCCUCUGUGAAAUGCUCAACUAUACACCCAGCCCCAGCAAGGACAGGCUCUUUCCUCCAACACGGAGUCAGGAAGACCCCUACCUCUCUAUCUAUGAUCCCCCAGUGCCAGACUUCACCGUUAUGAAGAUGGAGGUCCCUGGCUCCGUCACUGAAUACAAGGUCUUGGCAGUGGAUUCUGCCAGCAUCCUCCUCAUGGUACAGGGGACAGUGACAGCCAGCACUCCCACAGCCCAGUCAAUAAUCCCUCUGCAGCGUGGUGGGGUGCUCUUCAUUGGAGCCAAUGAGAGUGUCUCCCUGAAGCUCACGGUGCCUGAGGACCUGCUGAUAUUCCGUGCUUGCUGUUUGCUGUAGAAGCCACAGCCUUCCUGGCUUUCCUCUCUGCCAGUCACCCUAAAUCCUAGCCAGCCUCACCUCCUCGGGUCCAGCCCAAACCGCUUCCUGCUAUGGACUCUUUGGGUAUGCCCAGGAAGAGCUAGGGUAGAGGAGUGAGCUUGAAGGUCUGACUCCUGAGCAGACCUAGGCUGAACCAUCUUCUUCCUGGGAGGAGAGGCCCAUGUGAGGACUAAGGAUUGACACUCCCCCUUGUGUUCUCACACACCUGAGCCAAGCUUUCCUCAGCCCAGGAGGUGGCAAGCUCUGUUCCAGCCUACACCAUUAGGCAAGCUGGUGAAAUCUGAUUAGUUCAGCAUCAGUCAAGAGCAAGAGGGUAGGUAAUUAAUUUCUAAGAAUAGGGUUCUGGCCCUGAGACUGCCCAUUUCCUCAGCUGCAGAGGAGGGGAAAGGGUAAACCUGCGGACUCAUGAUGCUCAUCAUCACCCUCUUGCUCUGUCAAAGCAAUUAAAGAUCACUUGUGUUGAA